UCGCAGAAGAACUGCCUAGAUUUACACCAGGAGUUCUCAGAAAAACAGAUUCAAAACAUGGGGGAAUCAGAGACAGGUCCUUUGCUACCUUUUGUGGUUCAACAAAACCCACCAAUAAAUGAGGGAACAGACCAUCUGGACCCAAAUAUAGCCAGUGGAGAAAUGAGCCAUCCAACACAAUGGCCUGCGCCAAAGGAAUCUGGAGAGUCCAUCACGGACCUUCCUCUACAGAACAUCGCUUUUGGUUCUACAGAGCAUAGAUCAAGUUGGUUCUACUGCGCACUGAGCACAAUUUGUUCGAAGAUUAAAUUUAUCUUUGAUUCUCAAUGGCCUCUGACUUGUUUUUUAGCGAUAGCUUUUCUGGGUUUCUGGCUGCCAGUGAAGAGGAAGUCGAUAUGGCCGCUUACGUUUGUCCCUGUGUUUCUCCUGCUAUUCGGAGUAGGAGCACAUUUGUAUUUCACGCUGACCCAAGACCAUCGAAACUAUCACAUAGGAUCAAAGAUGCUUCUUUCAUCGCUGUGGAUAAGUGGUUUCGUGUCGUACGUCCUAGCUCUUUAUUACUUUAGAUACCAAUCGCAAGAGUGGAUGAGGGAUUUACGCGGACGCCAAAACCGCGCUAUCAAUGUAGCUCUCUUCACUGGGUUUUUCCUAGUAUCAUGGAUUCUCUUUGGCGAUGCCUACUAUCAGGUCAUUUUUGAUUUGGUCAACAUAAAAGCAACUAUUUUGGAGGAUUGCCGACACCCACUAGCAUGCAAUGCAGUUUUCUAUACCUUGGCGUCUUCCAUAUACUGGGGCAUGUAUUCGUCCGUUGCUGUUUGCUGUGUUUUCUUCUCCUUAUGCCUUGUCAUGGCAAAUGACAUCGAUAAAGGGUACAGACGGAUAUCUACAUGCACUGGGACCAUCACUGAUACAUUGGUCAUACACCAAGAAAUGCGACAGCAAAUAGCAGAACGGGUCAAUACGAUACGUAUUUGGUUUCUCAUCCAUAUGUUAUUCUAUGUUGUAGUUUUUUUAGCGAACAUUUUUGAGUGGUUGGAGGCUGCGCGACAGCUUCACUUUGUCUACGAGUACAUGGCUCAGAUUUGCGGUACCCUAGUUGUGCUCUACAAGUUUUUCUUCCCGUUUCUUUCUGCGAGUUACGUGACCUGGCACGAAUCAACCCUUGUGCAAGACUUGAAUGACAGACUAGAUUUCUUGCCGGGCGAAACUUUCCAUUCCCGACUUGAUCUAGAAUUGUUUCUUCAACAAAGUAGGAGACGUGGCUACGGAUUUCGUCUUUUCAAGAUUCAAAUAACCUUGACUAUUGCUAUCUUUUCCUUGCUUGGUUCAGUUUUUGGGCUGAUACAUAAUUUUAGAAGUUAA